AUGGCCACAUCCUCUUCUCGAAACAAAAAGAAACAAGCCAAGGGGUCAAAGGCAUCAAGGGCAUCCACCAGCACUGCACAGCCCUCGCCAGAUCCCUGCUCCAAUUCUGACUCCGAACCAUCUUCACGUUCUCGGAAGCGCAAGCACAAGAGCCAGGCGAGCAAUCAGCCACCAAAGAAGGGUCGUCAGUCUCGACAGAGGGUCUCCAUCAUCGAGCUUGAUGUCGAGGACACCAGACCGUCAUCUCCAGAUCAGGAAGUCGAGGACGACGAUGAAAAUGAAGAUGGUGAGAUCGACAAGGAGGGUCCCGAGGAUGAAGAAGCUGGUGAGGAGUCUGAUGGACUUGCAUUGCCCGAAAAAACAUUCAUGAAGCAUGAUACAACGCGAGACCUCCAGACAAUUUUUUCACCUCGAGUCACGGUCACAUUUAAAGGCAGGGAGGGAGUGCGUACGGAAAAGGGCUGGUGGUGCCUGCUUUGCAAAGAGAACCCAAAACUUGAGAAGAGGAAGGGCGUCCGAGCGGGCUGGUAUAAGGGAGCAAACUCGACGUGCCGGCAGCAUAUUGCAAGCCAACACUACAAGGUCUACAGUGAGCGCUGCAAGGAAGAUAAUAUCAAGGAGAGCAAGGAGGCGAUACCCAAGAAAGUACAAGCAGAGCGUGAAGCGGCAGAGACAAAUAAGGAAGGUGCUCAGAAGACGCUUGAUGGUGUGGUGCAGAAGGUGGUGGGACCAAGUGCCUUCUCUCGGGAAGCUAUCCUGGAUGCUGUCGUCAAGCAUGUUGUCUGUGGUGACCAGGCUCUCCUCCUGGCUGAUGAUGCAACUUUUACGAAUUGCCUGGUAACGAUGCGGGCAAAGACAACUCGCGCUGACCUGCCAACUCGCGGAACUGUUAAGACGCAGAUCAAGAACGAGUUCAUUGACUACGUUGAGCAUCUCAGGACAGACAUUGAAGCUGCUCCUGGUGAGGUUGCAGUCAGCUGGGAUCUGUGGAGCCAGGAGCACACAAGUGACCCAUAUUUUGGAAUGGCGGGCCAGUGGAUUGAAUUCAGUGAUGUAGGUUGGAAGUUGCGUGCUGAGGUGCUUGCGAUGCACAAAGUGGCAGGGUCUCAUGAUGGUGACAACUUAGGGAGGUAUUUUGUUAAGUUCACGGAUCGUGUAGGCAUUACCUCGAAGUCUCACAGCAAGCUCGGGAAUGUCACUGCAGACAAUGCAUCCAACAACGACACCACCGCCACAAAGGUAUCGAAGAUCCUGACUAAUCGCAGUGCUCCUUGCUGGAUACCCAAGGAGCGCAAGCUUAGCUGUCUAGGUCAUGUCAUCAGCCUGGGGAUCGAGGACUACAUGUCCGAGAUCACCCAGAUUGCUGUCAUUGAGACCAAGCAGGCAAUCUGGGACUACGACCCGUCACUUCCCGAGAAUCGUGCGGUCAUCGGAGGGCUCGACAUCAUUGCUAUCAUCCGCACACUAGCCAUCAAGAUUCAGGCAUCGGGACAGCGCAAAGAAGUUUUCGAGCGCUAUCAGAAGGAAAGUGGGAUUACCCAUCCCUUCAUCAUCCCCUUGCAUGGGAAUACCCGCUGGGGGAGUGCACACAAAAUGUGUGAGCGCGCUUUGCAGCUACGGGCAGCAAUCAAUAUGUUUGUUGCGACUGCGGAUGAGAAGUUUGGCCUGAUAACAACUGUCCGCCAGAACGGCAAGUUGUGUCUUGACAUCCUCGCUGAUGCAAACAAAUAUCAGCAGCACUUCUCAUCUGACAAAGUCCCCACACUUCACCGCGUGAUUCCCGCGCUUGAAAUGCUCUGCACGCGGUGGGAGCGGAAACUAGCCGACAUGAAGUACACGCUCUUCCAUUCUGCCAUUCAGCGUGGCCUCAACAAACUCAACAAGUACUACACCAAGCUCGAUGACUCUUGCGUGUACAUUCUAUCAAUGUGUACAUCAAUCCACCUCGUUUCUAUCUACCUUCAAUCUCAGCUCAUGUUGCCAUUCAAAGUGCUUCACCCAUAUUACAAGCUCGCAUAUAUAGAGAAGAAAUGGGGUGGUGCAAAGGAGCAAGAAGAGGAACUUGCCGCUGGAAACAUGGAUGCGAAAAACUGGCAAGAGGUUGCUACGACAACUGUGAACAAAGCAAUGGAGGAGUACUGGCCUAAGCGACUUGGGUUCAGGGCUCAGAAUGUCGCUGAGGCUGCAGCAGCUGACGUGCGACCCUCGGCACCUCCAAGCGACAACAAUGACGACGAAGAGGAUAAUUAUGAUCGUGACCGCAAGCAACAACUGGGUGCGGACCCAGAAGGGGGUUGGAUGGCAGAGCUCAAAUGGUAUGUCGAGGACCCAGCCGCAAAUGUCAUGAAGGACACAGAUCUCCUGGAGUGGUGGGCGAGGCACGUUGAUGUCUACCCUACUCUUGCACGGAUGGCGCUGGACAUCCUAGCGAUCCCAGCAUCAUCUGUGUCUUGUGAACACCUGUUCUCAUGCGCGAAGGAAAUCUCUACGGAUCGUCGCUCGCGCCUAGGUUCGGAUUUGUUCGAGUGGAUAGAAUGUCUGCACUACCAUUGGAAGGAGGCCAUAAUUGAUCUUGCACGCGUCAACCAAGAUGUCAUGGAGCAGCUGGAGUUAGACUUGCAGGAUUUUGAAGUUAUUCUCGAGGACGAGAAAGCCUUGUGUUCUGAGGACUUAGGGGGCAUGGAAGACUCACUCUCAGACUAG